UUUGUAUCAAUUAAUUAGAACUUAGUAAUGUCAUGUAAUCAAUGGUGAUGGUUUUUGUUUUUAUUAUCACACUGAAUGCUUAAUCUUUUUCUUUUUUUGUUAAAGGUCUUACUCGAACAGCUCAAUCAUCCACUGAUAUUCCAACAGCAGUAGCAACGGAACGAAUAUCACCACCUAAAGAAGAAAUUAAACCACCAGUAUCACAGCCCAAAACAACAACUUCUAUGCCUCCACCAACUCCAAUUGAAUCAACUAAUAUACCAAGAAAAUCGAAUAAUCCAAUAUUAGAAUCAUCUGAUUCUCAACAAGUUAUUAUAAGUCUAAAGAAUAAAAUUAAUGAUCAAGAAGAACAAAUUCAAACAUUAAUAAAAAAACGUCGUGAUGAUCUUGAAAAACUUAAAGAAUUUGAACGUACAAAACUUCAACUUGAUCAAUUACAAACAUAUAAACGUGAAACACAAGAACGUAUUAAAGAAUUAAAUAAUAAAUUUCAACAACAAGAACAUGAAUUAAAAGAAACACGUGAUAAAUUUACUGCUUAUCGUGAUGAAAUGGCUGGUACUGAAGUACGAAUUGAAUCACUUACACUUGAUCUUGAAAUGGCUGAAGAAAAACUUGAAACUCUAACAUUAGAAAAUACAACAUUAAAAGAAAAAUUUGAAGAAGUACAAUUAGAAUUAGAUGUUAUUAAAGGUGAAAUACAAUUAAAUGGACCAAAUCAAGUAGCAAAUGGUAUUCAACAAAAAAUUGAUGAUGAACGAACAAUUAAAAUGGAACAAGCAUUAAUU